UCUUCUUCGUCUCCAGAGACUGAGGCCACUCUCAUCUUAUCCUCCUCCAUCUUCCCGAUGCUUUAAACCAUCAGUCGUCGACGAUGUCGAUUACGUACUCCACCCUUUCCUGGGGAGAUACUGGUUCCCUUUCGGCUUUUUGGCCCAAAAUUGUACCUUUUGGCAUACCCAUGAAUCAGUUUCUCAAUCCCAGCUCCUCCUCGUCUUGUUUCGGAUUCUCAGCUUCUCUUCAGGGAAGUAGCAGACUUCAGUUAGAUUCUAGACUUGUGCUUCGUAAAAGGAGUAAAGCUCUUCCCUUUCUUGUGAGAAGUGAUCAUCCUCAGAACGCAGACGCACCUAAGCAGUACUCAAAGAGAGAGAAGAAGCCCUUCCCGGUUCCCAUUGUGGACCUGAGACGAGCCGCGAGGGAGAGAGUCAAGAACAACAAAGACAAACCUAAGAGACCUCUCCCUCCUCCUAAAAACGGCAUGGUCGUCAAGAGCCUUGUCCCUCUUGCUUACAAAGUGUACAAUGCGAGGAUCAGACUGAUCAACAAUCUCCACCGCCUCAUGAAAGUUGUUCGUGUUAACGCUUGUGGGUGGUGUAAUGAGAUCCACGUUGGACCUUACGGUCAUCCGUUUAAGUCGUGUAAAGGUCCUAGUGCUUCUCAAAGGAAAGGUCAUCAUGAAUGGACAAACUCUGUCCUCGAAGACGUGAUUGUCCCUCUUGAAGCUUACCACCUCUACGACCGCCUCGGCAAGCGCAUUCGUCACGAUGAGAGAUUCACCAUCCCUCGAGUUCCCCCCGUAGUCGAGCUCUGCAUCCAGGGAGGCGUUGAGAUCCCUGAGCUUCCAGCAAAAAGGAGAAGAAAACCGAUAAUCCGCAUCGGCAAAAGCGAGUUCGUCGACGCAGAUGAAACCGAGUUGCCUGAUCCAGAGCCUCACAUUCCUCCAGAGCCGUUGUUAACCGAGCUACCUCCCUCAGAAAUCACUCCACCUUCCAGCGAAGAAGAAACGGUCUCUCUAGCGGAAGAGACUUUACAAGCGUGGGAAGAGAUGAGAGCAGGAGCCAAGAAGCUGAUGAGGAUGUACAGGGUCAGAGUCUGCGGGUACUGUCCCGAGGUCCACGUGGGUCCGACGGGACACAAGGCUCAGAACUGUGGCGCGUUCAAGCACCAGCAGAGGAAUGGCCAGCACGGUUGGCAGUCUGCGGUGCUUGACGAUUUGAUACCGCCGAGAUACGUUUGGCAUGUUCCUGAUGUGAACGGGCCGCCGAUGCAGAGGGAGCUGAGAAGCUUCUACGGGCAAGCGCCUGCUGUUGUGGAGAUAUGUGCGCAGGCUGGUGCGGAAGUGCCUGAACAGUAUAGAGCGACUAUGAGACUGGAGGUUGGGAUACCUUCGAGUGUUCAAGAAGCUGAAAUGGUCGUUUGAUUUGAUGUUAUAGCAUCACUGCUUGUCUGUUACCACAAUCUAACUUAAGAACACCAUUGAAUGACAUCUUUGCAGUAGAUAAUAUGCAUCUAGGUACAUGUGGCAUAAGUAUAAA